AUGGCGCCAAGGCCGAUUGGCCAUGAAUGUCUGUACACGGUGCUGGGCGUGCCCAAAUCUGCGGAUGAGGUCGAAAUUAAGAAAGCGUAAGGCAUCUUCGUUUAUUUAUUUAGUUCUAUUUUAAAGGCAACGUAACCGAUUUUUUAUUGGAAAAAAUGGAUAUCUUAGGGUUGUACCCAAGAAAAAAAAUUUUUUUGGAGGUUUUUCUAUGUCAUUGCAAAUUUUUCACUAACAAAAUUUUGCUUGUGAAACACUACUUUACUCAUCAAACAAGAUUAACAUUUUUCACUCCAAAAAUUUCAAAAAAAAAAUGCAAAAUUUUGCUACUUUCUGUCCAAAAUCUCUAUGAUUUUAGUCAUUUUGGGCUGAGAAUUCCGCAUAUGUUCAAAAAAAUUAUUAUUUAGUUGUGAUAGGUUACAUCAAAAUCUAAUUGAAAACUUUUAGAAUUUUUCAUUUUUCAAAAAAAUUUCCAACCUCAUAACGUUUUUGCCGUUUUGUUUUUCCCCUUCUGACACCCGAGAAAUCACUUCUCACAAUCUUAUUUUUAAUUGCUUCCAAUUUCAGAUACUAUAAACUCGCUCUAAAAUGGCAUCCCGACAAGCAUCCCGAAGAGACGAGGGAGACGGCCGAGAAAAAGUUCAAAUUGAUCGCACAGGCCUAUGAGAUAUUAUCAGACAGUAAGUUGGUGUUUAAUUCUUUAUAGGGCAUGCAAUAUAAAGGGUAAUAGAUUUCACGAGAUUCGUUCGUGUUCCAUUGGUAUCACAUUCUUGUUUUCUUGACGGCGAAUCCCAUGAGACUCGUAUUUUAUGAAGAGUCCAGAAAACAAAAUUUGAGCUUCUGGAGACUUUUUGAGCUGUUUACGUGAUAUCAAGUUAUGGGGGGACAUCUGGAUGCCAUCUGCGAUAAUAAUGAGAUAUUUUUUUAUUUUAUUUUUUUUGAGUCAUGGGAUUUUCAAAAAAAAAUUUUUUUUGAUGUUUUUACAACAAUUUGUUUUUGAAUAACACUGAUAAGGGCAUAAAAAACAUCACCAAGAAUAAGCCGAUCAAAUUUUAACAAAACAUUUUUAGAAAAGCACCGUGCAGAAUACGACCGAGGCGAUCUCCAACGGACUCGAAGUCAUCAUGGCCACAGAAGAAGAUCGUCGAGUCAGGCACCGUUUUACGCCGCCAAAUCUCCCUUCGACGUGUUCAGGGAGUUCUUCGGCGAUCGCUUCAAUGAUCCCAUGUUCCGGCCUUUUAUGCAUUUCGAUAUGAAUGACCCGUUUAUGGGUAGAGGUGAGGCUGGUUUAAUAUGAUUAUAUUUUUUGUUUUUAAACUUUUCUGGGAGGAUUGGAGAAGUCUCGGAGUUCUUAUUUUCUCAUAAGGUGUUCUCAAAAUUCGAUGAGAGACUAGGGAAAAUGGGGAGACGGUCAGAGAAAAAAAAAUUUUUUUGGUUACUUUGAUGUCGGAAAAGAAAAAUUUUUUGUAGAAGUUUAUUACAGAACUACUGAAUGCCAAUUUUUUCAACUCAAAAAUAUUUUUUUUGACUUUUUCGAUCUAAAAAUCUGGAUGAUUUUUGCAAAGCGCGAGCCAAAAAUCUCUCAAUUUGUCCAAUAUUCUGUCAAAAUUCGCUGUCUCUAUUUUGAGCGUCUUUCUGGAUGAACCGAAUAUAAACAUACCAUCUCUUUCUACGCCUUCCUCUUCUAUCAAAACGACUGUAAUAUUCCCAUUGUCAUGCCCCGAUGACAUAACCCCCUUUGUACACAAUUUCUGUUGUAUUUGCUUGAUGAAAAGUCUUUUUUCAUGACCCGAAAACCUUGUUUGCCCUGCGCCGCACCCCCCUCACAACAACAUACAGCAUAUUAAUAUUUGCUUACUAUACCAUGUUGACCCGAUUUUUUGUUUGCAGGCCGUCGCCCCUACGCGAAGAACAUCUUCAAUUGUCAUGCCAAGUCGUUCGACAGCGCCUUCGGCAAGGAGAAGGAUGAGAAUGAUUGGUGAGUGCGACAUAAAGUUGGGUAAAAUAAUGUUUUCUUUUCAGCGAAUUCUCGUCGGUGAUUCGAUUUAGUGCCAGCGAUUUGCCCGGCAAGGGCAUGAAGAAGACGACGACCAGUGUUCGCAUCGUGGACGGGAAGAAGAUUGUCACGACGAAGUAAGUAAUCAAAACAAGAGUAAUCAAGGUCGGAUGAGUAAGAGCGGCGUUGGGAAAGCGGAAUUAGACAGCUGAUUUUCAAAAGAAAAUUGGGAAAAAAAAGUUUUCGGAGAAAAUUGGAAAAUUUGAUUCGAAGUUUUUGAAGCGAAAAUAUUGAAGAUUUCAUGAGGGAAAUUAUCGUGUAAAAAUUAAAUUUUCGAUUUUGAAAAAAAUUAUAGAAAUUUCAUAAGUCUCUAGUCUCUUAAAAAUCCCAUUUUUCAUGUCUAAUCAUCGUUUUCAGAACCGAAGACAACGGCCGGGAGACGGUGGAGGUGUCGGAAGACGGCAUCCUCAAGACCCGCGUUGUGAACGGGACCCCAGUUGAAGUGGCGGCCUGA